CUUGCGCAGCUGGGAGCUGAGAGCGCGGACAGCAUCGGCGCCGUCCUCAACAGUAAAGAUGACCAGCGCGAGAUCGCCGAGACGAGAGAGACCUGUAGGGCUGCUUAUGAUACUUCUGCACCAAAUGCAAAACGCAAAUACCCAGAUGAGGGAGAAGCUGAUGAGGAAGAGAUUGAAGAAUACAAGGAUGAAGUAGAGCUGCAGCAAGAUGAAGAGAACCUGCCCUAUGAAGAAGAGAUUUACAAGGAUUCCAGUACCUUUCUUAAGGGUACUCAGAGCUUAAAUCCACACAAUGAUUACUGCCAGCACUUUGUGGAUACAGGACACAGACCCCAGAACUUCAUCAGAGAUGUUGGGUUAGCAGAUAGGUUUGAAGAGUACCCAAAACUUAGAGAGCUCAUCAGAUUGAAGGAUGAGCUGAUAUCUAAAUCUAACACUCCUCCCAUGUACUUACAGGCAGACUUGGAAGCUUUUGAUAUUAGGGAACUGAAGUCCAAAUUUGAUGUGAUUCUCCUGGAACCGCCACUGGAAGAAUACUACCGGGAGACUGGCAUUACGGCCAAUGAAAAAUGCUGGACCUGGGAUGAUAUCAUGAAACUGGAGAUUGAAGAAAUUGCAGCCCCAAGGUCAUUUGUGUUUCUCUGGUGCGGUUCGGGCGAGGGUCUGGACCUUGGCCGAGUGUGUCUACGCAAGUGGGGUUACAGGAGGUGUGAGGACAUUUGUUGGAUUAAAACGAAUAAGAACAAUCCUGGAAAGACCAAGACUCUGGACCCUAAGGCUGUUUUCCAAAGAACCAAGGAGCACUGCCUCAUGGGCAUUAAGGGAACUGUGCGUCGCAGCACGGAUGGUGACUUCAUCCAUGCCAACGUCGACAUUGACCUCAUCAUCACAGAAGAGCCGGAAAUUGGCAACAUAGAAAAACCCGUAGAGAUUUUUCACAUCAUCGAGCAUUUCUGCCUUGGCCGCCGCCGCCUUCAUCUCUUUGGAAGAGACAGUACGAUCCGACCAGGCUGGCUGACUGUAGGACCCACCCUCACAAACAGCAAUUUCAACGCAGAAACGUAUUCUUUGUACUUCACGGCUCCGAAUUCCCACCUGACCGGCUGCACCGAGGAGAUCGAGAGACUUCGGCCCAAGUCCCCGCCACCCAAGUCCAAGUCUGACCGGGGAGGUGGUGCUCCCAGGGGAGGAGGACGAGGAGGGACUUCAGCAGGCCGAGGAGAAAGGGGCAGAGAGAGGAACAGAACUAACUUCCGGGGCGAGAGGGGUGGCUUCAGAGGGGGCCGCGGAGGUACCCACAGGGGGGUCUUCCCCACCCGCUGACGACUUAGGUAAUUGCUCCUUCCCCCGGUCCUGUGCCUCAUUUCUGAAUCUCUUUCUUAGUCUUGUUUUUGCUGAAGGGAAUUGUUUGGGGACUCAAGCUGGAUGACUUUCCAAACGGGUUUUGGAGCGAGCAGUUGUGGAUUGGCGGCCUCUCCGUGACCGGCCUGG